CGUGGCGGGGAGGCGGCGCGGAGGGAGGGCAGGCCGGCUGCGGGAAGCGGGGCUCCGCGCUGGGACUGGUUCCUUCGCAGCCAUUUUCUGUCCAACCAAACAGCCGAUUUGCGGAGGGAGCCAACCAGGGCCGCACUGGAGAUGGACGGUGAUAGCUCCACGACAGAUGCUUCUCAGUUAGGAAUUGCUGGAGAUUACAUUGGUGGCAGUCACUAUGUGAUACAGCCUCAUGAUGACACAGAGGACAGCAUGAAUGAUCAUGAAGAUACAAAUGGGUCAAAAGAGAGUUUUAGAGAACAAGAUAUCUAUCUUCCAAUUGCAAAUGUUGCAAGGAUAAUGAAAAACGCUAUACCCCAAACAGGAAAGAUUGCUAAGGAUGCAAAAGAAUGUGUGCAAGAGUGUGUAAGUGAAUUCAUCAGCUUUAUAACGUCAGAAGCAAGUGAGAGGUGUCACCAAGAGAAAAGAAAGACCAUUAAUGGAGAAGAUAUUCUCUUUGCCAUGUCUACCUUGGGAUUUGAUAGCUAUGUUGAACCUUUGAAGUUAUACCUCCAAAAAUUCAGAGAGGCAAUGAAAGGAGAAAAGGGAAUUGGGGGAACAGUUACAACUGGAGAUGGUCUAAGUGAGGAGCUCACAGAGGAAGCAUUUACUAAUCAGUUGCCAGCAGGCUUAAUAACUACAGACGGCCAACAGCAGAAUGUUAUGGUCUAUACAACAUCAUACCAACAGAUCUCCGGUGUUCAACAAAUUCAGUUCUCAUGAUUUGAAGACAACUUUGGAUCUGGGAACAUGAGACGCAGAAGCAGUGAAACUCUAACAAAAAGACAGUUUUAAUGACUGGUGGAGAGAUUUAUCUCUUUGUAUAUUAAAUAGCUGUAAUGUAGCUACCUGAAGCUAGACUAAUUGAGGUGUGAAUUCUGACUCAAAUCUUUUUCAUGAAUGAUUUUAAAAAAAAAAAAAACAAAUUGGAUUUUAAAGGUAUUAAAGUAUUUUUGUUUUGUACAAGAGUUUGUUGCUCUGUAUAACUCCUGUAUGCAUUGUAUAUUGCAAUUUAUUACUGUCAGAGAUUUGUAGACAGUUUCUUAUUUUCAUAUUGAAUCAUGUUACUUUUGUAAUUCAGGUAAACAGCUGGGUUAAUUCAUGUUUACCCUUUGAAUAAAAAUGUAAGGGUAAAGUUCA